UUAAGCGGGAAAGCAUCAACAACCGGGUGAAGUCACUGCGUCUCUUUUUCUUUUGAAUUAAGAUAUAUAUGGCAGCGACGAGCAGCCGUGGCGGCGGCGGCGGCGGCCGCGAUUCUUCUGCCGAGUCCAGCAGUAGCUUCCGUCAGCUCGAUCAUGUCUUCUUGCAGAGCUAAUCACUUGCUGGCUAAUGUGGAGUCCCCUGCUAUUAUGUUGACUCAAACAAGAAUAUGGCUUGGAGAAGUCCUGCACACAAGAAUGGAUGACCAGCUGGAUAUUUCUGAUUUACUUGCUGAUGGGGAACUGCUGCUUGAGGUUUCUAAAGUAAUAUGGACAUUGUUGCUGGAAAAGUGCAAGGAACUAAGGGAUAUGAAAGGCCAUAGAUAUAAUCCCAUUUCUUCCAGGAAGAGCAGUGGGAGAUAUAGGCCUUAUUCUAAUGUUGACUCAUUCUUGAAGAUAUGCAAAAUUUUGGGAUUGAAUGGCAUUGAUCUCUUCUCCCCAUCAGAUGUCGUUGAGAAGCGAGAUACCCGAAAAGUUUGUAUGUGUAUACGUUCCCUCUCAAAGAAAGCCAGGUCUAAGCAAUUAAAAGUUCCCGAUUUUGAUAUUGUCACCUAUACAGUAGCCAUGCCAACUAAUAUGGUUGAAUGCCUCCGAAAAAGUUUGGAACUGUCUAAAAGCAGCUUUUCAAGUUCAUCUAGUUACAGUCUGCAAAGAGGUCUGAAAAUGAAAUCUAAAAAGAAAAAUCCAGCUGCAGCUAAUGAUAGAAACUUUGAAUGUUUCUCCGAAGUAUCUACUGAUGCAGAAAGCAAUUAUAUCAGAGCACCUUCUUGUUCUUCAUCAACAAACUACUCUUGCAAUCCUGUUUUGCUCAAGGAUUCAUUUGAAAAUUCACCUGUAGAACAUUCGGUGGUGAAGAAGUAUAUGUCAGCGCCAUGUGCACCACAAAGAGAUGUACAACUCCAAGAGAAAGAUGAAUGUGAACAAGCACACUGCAAUCCAACUUGUUUAUCUGAACCAGCAAGAUCUCUUUGUGGACAGUUUGUAGAGAGUGAGGAUCAGCUGGACAGCAUGUCAUCCCUUAGUGUUGAUUCUCAAAUGAUAUUAUCCUCUACGGACUCAUACGUAAAUGGUGGAGAAAGAUUUAGCCAGAGAACUGGUGGCAUGUAUCUCAGUGAUGCUGAUUCUGGUGUUGGAAAUGAUGACUCUGUUGUGGGGUAUUCACAAGACAACAGAAUGAAAGAAAGACUCUUCAUGUCGCAUCAGUUGUCAUGUCCAGAUUUGGUUGCAUUCGGAACAGAGGAAAGCAUUCCCAUUUUGUUUGACGAAGAAGACAGCGUGCUUAAUAUGUUAUUACAUUCUGAUUCUCGAGGAUCAGGCUCAACUGGAAGGACUCGACAGAAUGGACAUGGAAGGAAUUUUUCCGAUGAUUUUGAAGAUGUCGAAGUGUCAUCAGUGACCAGCAUGAGCUCUGUAUUAGGCCGGGUGCUGAACUUGGACUUUGAUGAUCAAUUUGAUUUAGAUGAUUCCAAAACUGCCAAAGUCAAUUUAAUUGACUUGCUUAAUUGUGAGGCUGACAACGGGGUGGAUAGGAGUUCAACAAGCCACCAUGAAAUUCUGGACAUGGUUGAGUAUGAAAAUUCCGAGCAAAGUUUAAUUUCCGAUAUUGAGAGAUCCCAUUUUGAAACAACACUCCAACACUUUGGCUUGUCUGCUAACCCUUCUUUAUCAUGUCCAUGUGGCAGGCAAUUAAGCAAAGCCGACUAUGAAGAAUAUUCUAGUUCUUUUAAUAACGAGACCGGCGUAUCUCAAAUUAAUUCAAGAGAAGCCUUGUCGUUGAGGCAUACGAAGUGUAUUGUUUCAGGUGUAAACGGUGGGGCCCCGGAUGAAUUAGAUCAAGUUAUUGGAGCACCCUGGACUGAUUGUCUUCGAGUAGCUUACAGUGGCAAUGUCAAAGAUGAGACAUCUCAGAAUUCAAAUAUUUCGGGCUAUGAUAAUAUUAUUGAAUGGAGAGAACCAUCCUACAGGCUAAACAUCACAGAUGAUGACGGUGUUCAAAAUCUUGAUAUCCAAGGUACUCAGACAUUUUCUGUGCAGGAGGAGCCUUUUGUCCAUCAUAAUUUUGUGAGUCCAGCAAUUGAUCGACAACCUACAGCAGAAAAGAGUUGUGCAGCAAGAGAAAGUUCAGCUAGUGUAGGUGAAAAGGGUCAUCAAGCAUAUACAGAUUGCAGUGAGGAUCUUCUCUGUUAUGCAGAAUACGCGAAAGAGGAUGAAAGUAUGCAUGAAAUCGGGAACACAAUAUCAGAAGAAGGUUCAAAUGGGAGAGAGUAUCCAAGUGCAGAACUCCCAUGGGUAAAGCCCCAUAAGAAGCCGUUGCUGAGUGCAGUUGUUAAAGGCACUGCUCUUCUCGGCACGUUGUAUCUCUUCCUUCAUCUCAGCCAUUGCAGGAAUAAGGGUCAUAGAGAGAAGAGAGAUGAAGCGGGUAAGAAGAGGUCUAGUCGGAUUCAAAUGACAAAUGGUGCGGAGCACACAUCAUGGAAAGAAGAGCGAAAAGGAGGUGGAGGAAAUGGGAUUUAUCCGGCUGAAAAGCUCAAGUUUGAGAGGUAGAUUCAGCUUUUUUGAGGAUUUAAUCACCAAAGCCAACCACACAUCACAGGUUUUAUACUAUCCUUGUGCACGUUCUCAUCCAUGCAUUGGCGACUUGUCAUCGAAGAAUCCCAUUCGAGCAAAGAGACAGAGAGUUUAUAGCAAUAGGAGGAGAGAAGUGAGGACGAAGACGAUAACACCACACCAAAUAGAUCCCAUUUGGUGGAUAAAAGAAGUGUCAUCUGAAGAGAAAUUUUUGUAGUUACUCUUCACAGUUUCAAGUCACUAUUUAUGUAAUAUGUGUAUGUAGUUGCAGUGAGAAGGCUGAGGCUAUUUAUAUGGUCAGCAGUCUCCUCCAACAUUCGUUUAUUCAAUUUAUUCCAUGGGCUGGUAGGUACUGUUGCAGAAUACAGGUCCUAUACUAACGAAAGAAUUGUGCAGAAGCCCCCCCCCCCCCUCUCGAA